GAAAGGAAGGGGGGAGGAGAGAGGAGGGGAGAGAGAGCAGCCUGGACCCAGUCUGCCACUGGCCUCUGGAGUUUCUGAAUCACUGACGUUUCAAUGAAGCUCUGAGGUGUUGUGUUGUCUCAGGAUGCUAUAGUUCACCAAGAUGGAGUUCCUUCUGGAUUCUGGAUAGUCCUGACAGUCUCCCUUCACUCUGCCCUCCCCCCAGCCUCCAGCCCCCAGCCUCCAGCCCCCAGCCUCCCGCCUGAGAGAGUCCCUCUCGUGUGGAUCCAACAGGGGAUAGGGAUAGGGGCUUGUUCCCAUGGCGAUGACUGCCCUGUUCAAGUGGUGGCCCAAGGCGCAGGAGCCGGCGGCGAAGUGUCCUGCUGCCACCCAGCCGGCACACAGCCGCGAUGAUGACGAUGAUGAAGAUGACACCGGAAAGGAGUUCAUCCGACGUAACUCCCGUUUCUACCGGUCCAUGAGGAAGAAGAAAUUAGCGUCCACAGAACAGAGCAACACGUCUCCCAAGUCAGGGUCAGAAUGCAGCAGCUCCAGUAGAGGCCGCUCCCACCUCAGCCCCCCAGCGUUGCAGAAACCUCCCAGCUCCCCCCUGGCCCGGCGUUCACCAGCCUCUCCUAGAAUACACCAUUCCAACACCGCGUUGCCAAGCAACGGGGACCCCCGGAGCCCACGCUCUGCCUCCAACAAGGCCCCGGCCGAGGGAGAGAGGAGAGAAGGAGGAGGGGCCGGGGACCGAGGGAGGAGAGGAGGAGAGAGGACGGGAGGAGCUGCUUCCUCUGUCUCCAGCGGUCAGUGUGGAGGCUCUCCUGCCGACACUGGACUGUUCUACCGGACGCACGCAGCUCACAGCAGAGACAUGGAGAGCCUAUCACAGCGCACCGCUACAGCAUGCUCCCUAGGGGGGGCCGGAGGAGACACACAGAGCCCCCGAAGACCCAGCACAGAGGGGGCCAGCUUGGAGGGGGUGAAACUCAGAAUAUUGAACAACGGAGAAAGCUCCUCUCAGAUGAAGAUCGAGUCCAUCUGCCACACCCUGAACAUCGUCAAAAACAUAGCUUUCCUGUACCAGGAGUACCGGGACACGUCCAAGCAGCAAGAGAUCGAGCAGCGUCGGCAGCGUGACGGGCUAACGUCUGCCGGCCCGGGGGGACUUGGGGGGGGCGGGGGGGCUACCUCGCCCCCGGCCCUGCAGUUGCAGCUGAGGAACAACACUCGCUCCCUCAGCCUGUGGCAGAACCUAGAGGCCGUGCAGCACAGCGGGCUGCUGAAGCUGCUGCCCCAGAGGGAGAUCAUCAUCCAGGAGGCCAUGUUUGAGCUGGUGACGUCGGAGGCGUCCUACUACAAGAGCCUGGAGGUCCUGGAGACACACUUCCUGCGGAACCCAGGGCUGGUCAACACUCUCAGCCAAUCAGACAUGCACUUCCUCUUUUCAAAUAUUGAAGAGGUGAUGAAAGCCAGUGAAAGGUUCCUGAUGGACCUGGAGAACCGCAUUGAGCAGUCGAUCCAGAUCUCCGACGUGUGUGACAUCGUCUGCCUCCACGCCAGGGAGCACUUCCACGUGUUUAUCGCCUACGUCAUCAACCAGGUCUACCAGGAGAAGAACUACCGACGCAUCCUACAGGGAAACCAGGCGUUCCGUGAGACCAUGGCUGUGCUGGAGAACCACUCCCGGGUCCGAGGCCUGUCCUUCACCUCCUUCCUCAUCCUCCCCUUCCAGAGGAUCACCCGGCUCAAAAUGCUGGUUCAGAACAUCCUGAAGAAAGCAGAGGAGAGCUCAGAGAGGGAGGCCAGCGCCAUCAAGGCUCACCAGCUGCUGGAGCAGAUCGUGAAGGAGUGUAACGAGGGGGUGAGGAAGAUGAGUCGCACCGAGGAACUCAUCAGCAUCGAGAAAACACUGGAGUUCAAAUCCAAGUCCGUGCCUGUCAUCUCCCACUCUCGUUGGCUGCUGAAGAAAGGCGAGGUUCAGCAGAUGACCGGACCCAAGAGCACUAGGACCAUGCGGAGCCGCAAGCUGUACCAGCCCCUGUACCUCUUCCUGUUCAACAAUCUGCUGCUCGUCACCAAGCGCAGCUCCAGUGGGGACAGGUUCCAGGUGCUGGACUCCUGUCCGCGGGCCAUGCUGAGGACGGAGGACCUGGAGGACCAGGGACAGCUGCUGGCCAGUGUCUUCACCCUCAAGCUGCUGGAGAACCAGGAAGACCGGCAGGUCAGCUACAUGCUCAAGACCAGCAGCAUGAGCGACAAGCUGCGCUGGAUCUGUGCUCUCACUCCUAACAGACGCACACGCUUCACAUCCACCAACACCCACCAGGCUGACUCUCCCCAGGUGCAGUGUAUUCAGUCUUACUUGUCCCAGGAGCCUGACGAGCUCUCUAUAGAGAUGGCGGAUGUCCUUAACAUCCUGGAGAGGACGGUCGAUGGCUGGAUGAUGGGAGAGCGGCUCCACGAUGGUGAGCGGGGCUGGUUCCCCAGCCGUGUGGUGGAGGAGAUCCAGAACCAGGAGGUGCGAGCCCAGAACCUGCGCGAGUGCCAGCGGAUCCACCAGGCUCAGGGGGGCUCCAGUGGGGCCUCCAGGGGGGCCUCCAGUGGGGCCUCCAGUGGGGCCUCCAGUGGGGCCUCCAGGGGGGGCUCCAGUGGGGCCUCCAGGGGGGGCAGGCGCACUCCCAAAGUCUCCAACUUAUUUGGUACUUGGACAGACCAGCCGGAAGACGAGCAGUGAACCUCCAGGACCAGGAAGCCAGGGUGGUUGUGUGGAAGGCAGGGAUGUGGUUUGAUUCAGGGAUUGCACCAACAAAUGUAUUGUGCAUCUGAUUUUGUGCUUUAUGCCGUGCUGGGCUUGCUGGUUCGGAGCACUUACAAACCUGCAUGCUUAAUAUAAACUUCCUCUGAAAUGUUCUGGGACUGAAUUAUACUGCGACCCAGACCCAGGCUGGUGAUAAUCUACGCAUGAGAGAACCAGCCUGUUUGCAUGGAGAGCAUGUGAAUGUACUGUAACCAGCCUGUUCUCAUGGCUAGGUAAGGGUUAGCCUUCACCCUGUAACCACAUCUCCUGCAUGGGUGUCUAGUCUAGUACUUCUGAAGCGCAUCAUAAGAGAAGCAAAUCGCCCUCAACAAUGACUUGACAAAUCCACCCUUUUGUAAAGAGAGACUUGUCUGUACAGAAUGAACAAAAGUGAAAAGCUAAAUAUAAGCCACCCAGUCAAGAAUGGAAAUGAACCAUGAAUGUAUCAAGAAUCUGUAUAUAAUGAAUGUAUAAUUACGAAAGGAAGGUGCUAACUUUUGCUCUAGGGUAGAAUUAAGAAUUUCAGGACUUUCACACAUGUAUUUUGGAGUUAGGGCUUGCUAACACACACAAAUGUGCAAUAAUCCUGCUGGACCACUCCUUCACCAAAACAAAAGCAUGUGGAACACCCGAACAGAAUGUGCCAGAACACCAACCAAACCGGCACAUGAUACGUGUGUGUGUUGUGUUUAAGUUAUGUACAUGUUUAUAUUGUCAACCUUAACAAUGUUUAAUGAAGAAAUAAUAAUUACAGAAUUACUGUCUCAUUUCAUUUUGUAAGAUGUAAUUGUAAUUUAUUCUUUAUAAAAAAAUAAAUUUGAAAUGAA